AUGAAUAGUUCUGCAGGAGGCAGCAAUUAUGAUGCCGACAAGAACAUGGCCUACAUUGACACCCUCUCUCCUUAUCCAACCGCCUUCUCUUCCAACACCUCGAAGAAAUACUUUCUGACCAAGUUGGGGCUUCAGAAAGACUACCCCUGCCCCAUCGUCGCUGGAACAGACUACUUCAGGGUUGGCUCUGACGGUAGCUGCUCCACUCCGAACUGUAAUGGAAUAUUGCCUGUUGGCUCCACUGCCAGAUUUAAGUAUGUUCUUAUCAACCCAGCGAACAAAACAGUUGUUGCGGAGAGUUUGUGGUCCAACAACAUCACUCUUUACGCUUUGAAAGACCCUGAAAGAAUUGAUAAUGGCUUUGCUGGAAGGUCUGCGUCCAUGAUUGUCAUAACAUCUAUCCUGUGUUCCUUCCUGGCCUUGCUGCUGCUGCUAUUGCUCAUCAUGCUGAGCUAUGUCCUUUGCUGUCGGAAGGAGAAACAGGAAAUCCAAGUUCCAGGAUCAGUGCGCAUGUAUGACACUCACAACUUGAAGGACCCUUCCCCCUAUGUAAACCGUGCUUAUGAGGAUGAGCCACAGAGACCCACAGUCACUAGCCCCAUUAGGCUCAAGAGCUACACUGACUAUGAUUUGAAAAAACCGGCCACAGAAUUGUAGUAAGUGUUUGUGAGAGGAAAAUGUUGCACUUAGUGGUUCAUUGGCAACAUCAAUUUCUUACUGUCAUUCAUGAUCAAUAUGUUUAUGAUAUUAAGG